CAGCGGUCUGAGCAUCUCACCUAUCUCUCUGUCCUGGGACAGGGCGUGGAAAAAACACCCCAGUCGGUGGUGAUGAGGACUCCAGUGCCCGAAGUGCAGCUCACCCAGCCCUAGCUCAGUGCCGAGCCCUCAGCUUGGACUGGGCUGGUCCCGGGAGUCCCCACAGGCUCUACCUGACUGUGCAGCAGGCCCUACAGGACAAGGGGUGCGAGAGCAAGAGUCAGGGGACGAAAGAAGAGAAGCUCCUGAAGAGGCAGGCGCUGGUCCCCAGGCGGGACCGGGAGGCCCAGGAAGCUGGUGGCACCAUGAAUGUAGAGAAAACAGGUAGGCGGCUCUUUGGCAGCGGGAGGUGCUCGAGCCUGUCGGGGUCGCCAGGUGCGGCCCCCAUGGUGCAUAGGAUGGUGGAGGCUAUGUCCCAGCUUCAGGAGGAGAAAGCCCAGCUACAGGAGGAGCUGGUGGCCCUACGGGAGAGGCUGGCUCUCUGCGACAGUAACCAGCAAGGCACAUCCACUCAGCUGCAGAACCAGGUGGAAAAUCUGAAGGAGAAACUCAUUAGCCAGGCCCAGGAAGUGAGCCGACUUCGAUCGGAGCUGGGGGGCACUGACUUGGAGAAGCACCGGGACCUGCUGAUGGUGGAGAAUGAGCGACUGAGGCAGGAGAUGCGGCGCUGCGAGGCCGAGCUGCAGGAGCUGCAGGAGCUGCAGGCAAAGCCUGCCACCCCCUGCCCAGGCUGUGAGCACAGCCAGGAGAGCGCCCAGCUCCGCAACAGGCUGUCACAGCUGCAGCUGGAGGUGGCGGAGAACAAAGGCAUGCUGUCAGAGCUGAACCUGGAGGUGCAGCAGAAGACCGACCGGCUGGCUGAGGUGGAGCUGCGGCUCAAGGACUGCCUGGCUGAGAAGGCACAGGAGGAGGAGCGGCUCAGCCGGCGCCUGCGUGACAGUCACGAGACCAUCGCCAGCCUGCGGGCCCAGUCACCGCCCGUCAAGUAUAUCAUCAAGACAGUGGAGGUGGAGUCGUCUAAGACCAAGCAGGCCCUCAGUGAGUGCCAGGCCCGGAACCAGCACCUGCAGGAGCAGGUAGCCAUGCAGAGGCAGGUGCUGAAGGAGAUGGAGCAGCAGCUGCAGAGCUCACAUCAGCUGACCGCACAGCUCCGGGCACAGAUUGCCAUGUAUGAGUCAGAGCUGGAGCGGGCACACGGGCAGAUGCUGGAGGAGAUGCAGUCAUUGGAGGAGGACAAGAACCGGGCCAUUGAGGAGGCCUUUGCCAGAGCCCAGGUGGAGAUGAAGGCCGUGCACGAGAACCUGGCAGGUGUCCGGACCAACCUGUUGACGCUGCAGCCAGCGCUGCGGACCCUCACCAACGACUACAAUGGGCUCAAGCGACAGGUGCGCGGCUUCCCCCUCCUACUGCAGGAGGCCCUCAGGAGCGUCAAGGCUGAGAUCGGCCAGGCCAUCGAGGAGGUCAACAGCAGCAACCAGGAGCUGCUGCGCAAGUACCGUCGGGAGCUGCAACUGCGCAAGAAGUGCCACAACGAGCUCGUGCGGCUGAAAGGGAACAUCCGGGUAAUCGCUCGGGUCCGGCCAGUCACCAAAGAGGAUGGGGAAGGACCUGAGGCAACCAAUGCUGUGACCUUUGAUUCUGAUGAUGACUCCAUCAUCCACCUGCUGCACAAGGGCAAACCUGUAUCCUUCGAGCUGGACAAAGUCUUCUCCCCCCAGGCCUCACAGCAGGAUGUGUUCCAGGAGGUGCAGGCGCUGAUCACCUCCUGCAUCGACGGCUUCAACGUCUGCAUCUUCGCCUAUGGCCAAACGGGUGCCGGCAAGACAUACACCAUGGAGGGGACCCCUGAGAACCCUGGCAUCAACCAGCGGGCCCUGCAGCUGCUGUUCUCUGAGGUGCAGGAGAAGGCAUCCGACUGGGAGUACACCAUCACCGUCAGCGCAGCAGAGAUCUACAACGAGGCCCUCAGGGACCUGCUGGGGAAAGAGCCUCAGGAGAAGCUGGAGAUCCGGCUGUGCCCAGACGGCAGUGGGCAGCUCUACGUGCCAGGGCUGACCGAGUUCCAAGUGCGGAGUGUGGAUGACAUCAACAAGGUGUUUGAAUUUGGCCACACCAACCGCACGACCGAGUUCACCAACCUGAACGAGCACAGUUCCCGCUCGCACGCCCUGCUCAUUGUGACGGUGCGCGGCGUGGACGGCAGCACGGGCCUCCGCACCACGGGGAAGCUGAACCUGGUGGACCUGGCUGGCUCAGAGCGCGUGGGCAAGUCAGGGGCCGAGGGCAACCGCCUGCGGGAGGCGCAGCACAUCAACAAGUCACUGUCAGCCUUGGGGGAUGUCAUUGCUGCUCUGCGUUCCCGCCAGGGCCAUGUGCCCUUCCGCAACUCCAAGCUCACCUACCUGCUGCAGGACUCACUUAGUGGUGACAGCAAGACCCUCAUGGUGGUACAGGUGUCCCCCGUGGAGAAGAACACCAGUGAGACGCUCUAUUCCCUCAAGUUUGCUGAGAGGGUGCGCUCUGUGGAACUGGGUCCUGGGUCACGCCGGGCAGAGCUUGGGUCCUGGUCAAGCCAGGAGCAUCUAGAGUGGGAGCCAGCUUGCCAGACACCACAGCCCACAGCACGUGCCCAUUCAGCCCCCAGCUCUGGGACCAGUAGCCGCCCUGGCUCCAUCCGGAGGAAGCUGCAGCCCUCAGGGAAGUCUAGGCCGGUGCCUGUGUGAUGGACGGGCCCACCGUGACAGGUCUGGAGCUGGGUCCCGAGGACUUGCUGGCCUGCUCCUGCUGCAGCGCUGGGACCCCAGGAGGCGAAGGCAAGAGUGGAGGCUCCUGUUCUGCCCUGUCUCUCCUCAGAGGGGAGAAACAUGUUCAGAAGGAAACAGUGUCUCCUGGCUGUGGCUCUCUGGGUGCAGAUAGCGUGGGCUGGAAGGGCAGGGAUGGCCCACUCCUUCUGGCAGGCCUGGGCUUAUCAAAGAGCUGGGCCCUCGUGGGGAGGGCAGGAGUGUGUGUGCAGGGCAGGGCAGCCCCUUCCUCCGUGGGUGGGCUGAGGAACCUCCAGGAAGGCGCAGGAACCAUGGGAACUGGGGUGGUUGGUGGGCACUGAGGGUCUGCCCUGCCUGCCACUUUCCUCCAAGGAGGGGCCCCCGUAGCUGGGCGCGUAUAUAGUGUUCCCUGGUGUGCGUGGAGCACGGCCCUUCCUGGCCUUGGCUGGGCUGUAUUUAUGGCUGGCAGAGGAGGCCACGGGCAGGGGAGUCUGUUGCCCCCUGUCUGCCUGGCACCAGGUGCUCUCCUUGCCCACUGGCCUCUUCACGUUUUCUUCUCUCUGUAUCCUAUUUAAGAACUUUUGGAAGCUUAGCCAUUUUUACUUAUUAAAAUAAAAGCCUUUUUACACAA